ACUCUGCACUGCGUAGCUUAGAUUUAGCGACGGGACCCAUGUACAAUUGCAUUUUGGCGCUGGUAACCUGACCGCGCGACCGACAGCCUUGCCGGAAAUCCGCCCGCAAGUCGCCCUGCCUUAAUGCGAACAACUGCCAUUACUUAACGGCAUCAAGCGAGCACUCUUCCAUCGUCAUCUCGUCUGCGUCACGUCGAUUCGAUCACUUUGCUUGACCGCCUCUUCAUCCAGGAAUCUUGACCCAUGUACACCUACUAUCGAUCCAUGCCUGCCUCAAAUCCCCGAAAACGACCAGCCCCAGGUAGUCUACCUAUAUCACAACAAAUCCCGCAACAAAUCCCACAGCCAUUAUCACAACAGAUGGCUCAGCCGUACAACCCCGCCGAACAAAUGCUCAGAUGGAAUGGCAACAACGUCGGCAGUUUUGCCGAAAACGCCUCCACUCCCAUCAGUACAUAUGGCAUAGUACCUCCCAAUCAGGCUCAGUUUGCCCAAGGUACCCCUUCCACAUCUAAUACGCCCUCUAAUGCGCUAGCUAGAAGGGUCGGCAACAAUGCGUUGGUUACGUCCAACCGUAUGUUUUCGCCGCAGCCCAAUGACCCUUGGUCUGGCUUCACCGAUGAUAAUAUACUGUCAGCUCAGACGAAUGGAUCAUUGGACGAACACGAUAAUAUAGAGCUGCUCGAGGAGAAGGCACAGAGGGCAAAGAGGGAAGCACAGGCCAAGAGGAAACAGAUUCCUCCCUUCGUCCAGAAACUUAACAGCUUUCUGGAGGAGUCGAAGAACACAGAGUUAAUCCGAUGGUCUGAGAAGGGUGAUUCAUUUAUCGUACUUGACGAGGACGAGUUUGCCAAGACUUUAAUUCCUGAAUUGUUCAAACACAAUAAUUAUGCCUCUUUCGUCAGGCAGCUGAACAUGUAUGGAUUCCAUAAGAAAGUUGGCCUCUCAGACAAUUCCAUGAAGGCCAGCGAGCGCAAGAAUAAGAGUCCAAGCGAGUACUACAACCCUUACUUCAGGCGAGGACACCCAAAUCUUUUAUGGUUAAUCAACAAGCCAAAGAGCGGAAACAGCAAGAAAGGGACCAAGAAGCGAGGAGACGAUGGAGAGAUCGAUAGUGAUGACGAUACUGUACCAGUUGAUGACACUGUUACUCAGUCUUUUAAUCAACCAAAUGCGCCGACCCGAGCUCUUCCGGCUCCCGAGGCUGGCCCCCUACAGAGGAAAGAGUUGGCCCUCGUGAGAGACCAGAUGGCGGCCCUGCAGCAACGCCAGAAGCAAAUCAGCGAUGCUAUUACUCGAUUACGGCAGGAACAUAAUCAACUCUACCAACAAGCACACGUAUUCGAAAGUAUGCAUAACCGUCAUGAGAACUCCAUCAACGCCAUCCUGAAUUUCCUUGCCAAUGUCUUCCGGAAGUCGUUGGAGGAGCAAGGGGGAACUCAGAAUGUAAAUGAUCUGCUUGCCAGCAUCAUACCUAAUGUUCAAGUACCGCCGACGGGUCAAGGUAGCGUUGUUGACCUCGAUGACUGGAUGCAGCAACACAUGGCUCCAAACCCUGCCAAAGUCGGGACGCCAAAAAGAACGCAACGCCUACUGCCUCCAAUUCCUAAUAAUCAACCCUCAGUACAACCCACCACCUCCCAGCCUCCAUCUUACCCCAGCUAUGGUAGUCAGGAACCACAAACUGGACAGGUUACUGAGCUGUCCGAUACCCCUGGCGAAUCCGCCAGCACACCGUCUUAUCUCAAACAAGAGCUAGAGUCUAAUCCUCAAGAGGGCAUGCUCAAACUCAUUCAAAAUGCUAACACGAACGCUGGAAAGACUGGAAGCUCACCUAUCGAUCUCUCCAACGUCGCGGCUAACACGGCAGCGAAUAUGACAAAUGACCAACGUGACCGUAUGUUGUCCAUCAUGUCCAAAGGACACAAUAGCAGCGCCGUGCCAACACCGACCCCAUCUGCCUCCUCCCCGCAUACAACUACUCCUGGUAUCUCGAACUCGAGUUCAUUUGGGACAACAGGAACUCCCGGGCAGUCCAACCCUAAUGCUCCGUCGUCUUUGUCUCCCAUAAUGCGCCCAGGGGUGCCAGCACCUAUCGAAAGGUUAUCCCAGACAAGCGAGGAGCUAGAGCGGCUUGAACGCAUGCAAAAGGAGCAAGGCCGAGAGAUCGAUGACCUUAGCAGCCUGCUCGGUCCCUAUAGCCCCUCAGGGUACAUACCUGGCGUGGAGGAGACAGCAGACUACUUCGGCGGCGCUGGCGAUGAGUUGGAUAUCAGUCAAUUCUUAGACCUGAACGGCUCUGCGGAUGGGAACGGGAACGACUUCCACUUUAAUCCCACGACGUUCAAUAGCUGGGCUCCUCCAGAGACGUCGAAUCUAGCAGGGGACUCGGCUGGACAUGGCUUGGAGCCCGGCCGAGUAGUGGAAACAAAUACACCAAGCCCCAGUGGUACGGAGGAGAUUGCACGGGAGGACCUCGAAGAUAGCCCUACCCGGGGUGCCAAGAGACAACGAAGAACAUGAAGAUGAAAAAGCAAGAAGAAGAACAACAAAAGAAGGCGUGGGGGCUGGGUUGACGGCGUUUGAGAGUUUUCGGGCAAGGGGGUUUUUGCACCUGUUAGAUAUCACCAACUCGUAUCAUGGGGGGGAUCAGCGGUAUUGUUGAAAUUAGCUUGCAUAGGCAUGUGUGCCAUGAAUGAGAAUCUGACCCAAAGAAAAAAAAAAACAAUGUUGCUUUACUUUACCCCCUGCUGCAUGCUGGUGUUGGUGGUUCGGUCGGUCGGUCGGUCAUCUGUUUUUUAGUGUAGGCGUUUGUUAUGUCUCUGAGGUAGGUAGCUCGAUACUUUGCUC